AUGAAAGCAGAGGCUUUGCAGAAGGCUGUCGGGGUUCAAGGGGAGGAAUCCUACGAUGCGUUCUACCUGAGACACAUACGCCCUCGUAUCACAACAGACGCGUAUCCUGAACGAUUCUCUCUACCGAAAGUCGACAUCAGGGACCAUCUCUCGCCAGAAGAAGUCCGCAUUGCUAUCGCCCGCUUUGUGGAAGCUCUGACUGUGUCCCUUUCUCCAAAACAUGUAUCAUUGUUUGGCGUGCCAAAGGUUGAGUCAUGGCGUCGGCUGGGGAUACAUCCCAUGGUAACAGGCGUAGAUCUUGACUUCCUUUGGGUAAAGAUGAGAAAAAUAAGGGAGAGUGUGACAGGAUGGACUGAAUUUCUCGAUGCCGUGGACACAAUGCUGAGUCCGGUGUUUGAUAGGGAUUCAUUGGACCUGGAAGAGGCCCAGUCUCGAGCCACGAAGCUGAUCGAGUCGCACACCCUCGAAGUCAUGAAAUGGUCGGCCAAAGACCAAGUAGCGGCGAUGGGAGUCCGCCAUUCUACUGUAACCGUAUAUCAAAACGAUCGCGAGGUGCCGGUUUACGACGUGGUCGGCAAGCUCAUCGCGCAAGCGCUCAAAGCGAGACUCACAGAUGACACAAUUACCGCCGAGGAGGAAGCCGCCAUUACUGUAUUCCUCACAAGCAAAUGCCAGGUCCAGGUUGCAAAGAAACCACAAGCUUUCUCUAAAGGCACGGAAUCCGAGGAAGAUAUCAUCAGACACUAUGCCAGUGGAGACAAUGAACACCAAUAG